AUGAUGUGCAAUCUGUUCAAGCAGCUCACCUCCAAGCCAGCCGCUAAACACCUAGAAAUAUACAUCCCCAAGCCUCGCGGCAUGUCUGGUGCAGAAGCGUUCCUCAUAUCCGGUCCUGCACCGCGAAAGAAGCUCCGCGUUGUGUGCGUAUCCGACACGCACAACUCCUCGCCCAAGUAUGGCAUCUUCAAGGUUCCGCCAGGGGACGUGCUGAUUCAUGCCGGUGACAUGACGAACCAGGGGUCCUAUUCAGAGCUCAAAAGGUCCGCGGAGUGGAUUGGCGAUUGCCCGCACGAGGUGAAGCUGGUCAUCGCCGGAAACCACGAUGGAGUAACACUGGAUCCGGAGUUUCUCAAGGAGUUUGGCGACGAUUUUCACAACCAGGCGCCGCAGUCUUAUGCCGAUAAUUUGGCUCUGUUCACCUCGCCAGAAGCUGUCGCGAAAGGCAUCGUUUAUCUUAACCACGAAUUCAAAACUAUCACUUUAAAGGAUGGACGAACGUUCAAUGUAUUCGGCUCACCCUGGGCUCCCAAGUGCGGCCUAUGGGGAUUUGGAUAUAGCGAAGCACCAAGUCUCCAGUCGAGCAUGUGGAAAGGAAUCCCGCUCGACACCGAUAUACUAAUUACCCACGGCCCGCCCAAAUACCACCUCGACGGGCCCCUCAGCACCAGCAGCGGCUGCGAGCACCUCCGCCAAGCCAUCUGGACCAUCCGCCCGCUCCUCCACGUCUUCGGGCACAUCCACCAAUCGCGCGGCGUCGAGCGCGUCCGCUGGGACCUCGAGUCCAAGUUCGUGAAAUACAAGGAAGAGUCCGCAACCGCCGUUGAGGACCCCGCCCCCGACAGCGCAAAGCAGUUUGUAGUAGACCUGACCGAGAAGAGUCGCAACGCAUUGGACAACGACGGCACACUAAAGGGCAGAAAUGAGACCUGUCUGGUGAAUGCGGCGAUGGUUGCGAGGCCAUGGAAGAAGGGUACAACGCACAGCGCGAGGAAUAAGCCAGUCGUUGUGGAUGUGAAUGUGCAUGUUGUGGAGCAGCUUGGCCCGGCGGGCACUGGUUCCAAGCCUGAGGACAAAGUUGAGAUUGAUGCUACGACGACAGCAUCAAGCAAGGACAAUAAUAAUACGGGCGAUGAUCUUUCCUUUUGA